AUGGCGCGGUCAAUCAUUUUGGCCGUCACGCUAGUGCUCGCGGCCGUCGUCUGCCUGUCAGCCGUCAGCGUUGACGGCGCUGCACCGCCGACGAAGACGCAGCUCCGCGCCGAGCUGAAGAAGCUAACGGCGACAAUUACGAAGAAGUACCCGAAAUACGCCAAGUACUCGGCGCAGGUCAACAAAGUCAUCAACGUUGCCUUGAACUCCAAAUACGAUUUCUCCGCGCUCAAGAACUGCACGCUUCUCCUGAUGAGCGACGCCGUGGCUGACGCGCUGGCGAAGCGCUUCAAGGGCAAGAAGAUCUCCACCGAUACCGCCUACAACCUCACCGCCGUCCAGAUCAUCGCGACCCGUUAUACGCAGACCCAGCUUCAAGCUAUAAAGAAGGGCCAGCUGCUCCCGACUCAGCUCAAGGGUUUGAGCCUUGUUAAAAUGUCGCCUAAGGGCCCGAAUAUUAUGCUGGGCCAGAUGGGCAUUGCGCGUCCGACGUGGAGCACUGUGGUUGAGCCUCAAAUGUAUGUCGGACCGUACUUCAUCGCUCAUGGGGUCAACAACCCGCAAUUCCCGAAAGGCACGAAGCUGCCCGCUUGA